CGAAAACUCCACAUUUGAAAGUUUCACUUUCAGUUUCAGGGAAAGAAGAAGAAGAAACGCUAGGGUUUUGCGUAUUCACGUUUCACACUUCAAACAACAGAAGCACAAAAAUGAUGAACGGUGAUCCUUCUCUCUCCAUGUUAUCGACCGAACAGAUUCAAAAGUACUUGGAGGAGAAUAAGGAGUUGAUACUGGCAAUAAUGGAAGGAAAAAGCCAAGGGAAGUACGCCGAGAUCGCGCCAUAUCAAACCAAGCUUCAAGAUAACUUGACUUUUCUUGCCAGACUUGCUGAUUUUGAUUCCCAGCCUGAGCCUCAGGCACAGAUGCAUUCUCAGGGACAAGGCAUGCAGCGGCUGCCUCAAGUAGCAAUGUCCCAGCAACGACCGGACUUCUCUAUCGGAAACACGGCUUUCGAUAUGAAUGAGCAGCAGCAGCAGCAACAACACUUGGCAAUGCCCUCCCAACAGCCUGAUCUUUCAACUUCAAAGUUGGCUUUCCAGAUGAAUGAGCAGCAGCACUAUAAGCAACCAACUUUCAUCCAACAGCGUCAACUUUUCCCUGAAGGCAUGAAUAGUUUUUCUGGUACUAACAACAGUAGCAUGCAAACAAGAACCUUUAAUCUGCCAGAUACCCCAUCAUUCAACCAAAUGGGCUCAGAUGCAGGUCCUGGUUGGUCUUAGGAGCAGUCAGUAUUUGGACCUUGUGAAAAAACUGGAUGUUUACAAAACUAUGAAAAUGUCUUCCAAUUUUUUACAGUCAUACUUUUCCGUUCAUAUCAGAAAUGAAAAAUGUUUUAUUAUUUUUGUUGAA